AUGGUUCGCGCAAAACAUUUUCUUAUUUUUCUGUUAAUACAAUCAGUUUUCCAGUUUGCGUAUGGACAACCUCAAGCCAAACUAUUCCGUUCUGACUACAAAUAUUUGGAGGAAACACGUAGCUUUUAUAAGAUCCAUACUUUAGCAAAGACGUGGGAUAAUGCAAAAAGAAGAUGUUCUUUGGAAGGCGCCCGGCUUUUCUAUCCUGAGGAUCAGAGCGAAGUUGAUGCAGUGGUUGCUUACCUGAAUGAGACGCAACCUUCGUUCCGUACGAUAUUCGUUGGUAUUUCUUCGAAGCUAGCAAAGGGUGUCUUUACAACAGUCGACGGAAUAGCGCUGAGGGAUGUUUACAAUAGAUGGGGACCUGGCGAACCUAACGACAAAAAUGGCGACGAAGACUGCGUGAUUUUACGUACCGACGGCAGCUACAAUGACGAUAAAUGCUCGAAGAAGUUCGCGUUCAUUUGCAAAAAGACACUGGCGUCAUUGAAAUGGAAUGAGGAGUGCAACGUGCCUUACUUGGAUUACAAAUAUAAUGAAAACUUGGGUAGAUGCUAUAAGUUUCACCUAAACCCGUUGAAUUGGAGAGACGCUUUAGAAGCGUGUGAUGCGGAACAAUCGUAUUUAGCCAUCAUCAAUAGCCAAGAGGAGGCCGAUUACCUCGUCAAUAUAACUGAAAGGGCGCCCAAGGAUAAAGUGACCGGGUGGUACUUACGCGGGGCUGUGCAUUUAGGCUUCAGCUACGAUACUACAGAAGAUAGUUGGAGAACAAAUGCAGGGGAUACUUUAGAAGAAGCCGGUUACGCGAUAUGGGGUAACUAUCAGCCGGACGGUGGUGACAAUGAGAGGUGCGGCUCAAUGUUCUACAACGGCCACUUGAACGAUAUCAGCUGCGAAGCGCACAAGUGCUUCUUCAUAUGCGAAAGAGAGAACGAACUUCUGAGCCUGUUCAGCGAGCGGUUCGGCACG